AUGAUGAGCAGCAGGCGAGUGGUGGUGGACAUGCCCACCGGUGCCAGCCCCAGCUUGCCCCUCCAGAGGCACAGGGCAUCUUUUGGGGGAACGUGGUCAUCAUCCUCCCUGGACAGCCCCCCGGCCUCCAGGACCAAUGCCAUGGGUGGUCUCGUCCGAGCACCCAGAGUCUAUGUAGGGAUGGUGCCCAGUGGGUACACAGGUGGCCUGGGCACCCGCGUGACGCGCCGGGCCCUGGGCAUCAGCAGUGUUUUCCUGCAGGGCCUGCGGAGCUCGGGUCUGGCCACAGCACCUGCUCCAGGCCUGGAGAGGAACCUCGGUGCCGUUGAGGACCUGGGGGGCUGCCUGGUGGAAUACAUGGCCAAGGUUCACGCCCUCGAGAACGUCAGCCAGGAGCUGGAGGCACAACUGCGGGUGCACCUGGAGAGCAAGGCCACACGCUCGGAAAGCUGGGGUGCCCUCAGGGCCUCCUGGGCCAGCAGCUGCCAGCAGGUGGGCGAGGCGGUCUUGGAAAAUGCCCGGCUCAUGCUUCAGACAGAGAAUAUCCAGGCGGGUGCCGAUGACUUUAAAGAGAGGUAUGAAAACGAGCAGCCAUUUCGAAAGGCAGCAGAAGAGGAAAUUAACUCUCUGUAUAAAGUCAUUGAUGAGGCUAAUUUGACAAAAAUGGAUCUGGAGAGUCAGAUAGAGAGCCUGAAAGAAGAACUUGGCUUUCUAUCAAGGAGCUAUGAAGAGGAUGUGAAAGUGCUAUACAAACAGCUGGCAGGGUCUGAGCUGGAACAAAUGGGUGUUCCCAUUGGCACGGGUCUGGAUGACAUCCUCGAGACCAUCAGAAUCCACUGGGAGAGAGACGUGGAAAAGAACCGGGCGGAGGCAGGAGCCUUGCUCCAAGCCAAGCAACAGGCGGAGAUGGCCCGCAUGGCACAGACCCAGGAAGAGAAGCUGGCCGCUGCCCUCAGGCUGGAGCUGCACAACACUUCGUGCCAGGUCCAGAGCCUCCAGGCUGAAACGGAAUCCUUGCGGGCCCUGAAACGAGGCCUGGAGAACACGUUGCACGACGCCAAGCACUGGCACGACAUCGAGCUGCAGAACCUGGGCGCCGUGGUGAGCAGGCUGGAGGCGGAGCUCAGGGAGACGCGCUCGGAGGCGGAGCAGCAGCAGCAGGCCCGCGAGCAUCUGCUGGCGCACAAAGCCCAGCUGCAGAGGGACGUGGAGUCCUAUCACGCCCUGCUGGACAGGGAGGAGAGCGGGUGA